CGCAACAGUUAUCUUACCGAUAAAAUAAACAAUAUAUAUGAACUUAAUAUUUAUCUUAUCUUAUAUUUUUAUACCUAUGCGACGUCGCGCUUCGAUCUGUUGUUAGUCUGUUUCAGUUUUCACGUGUGAUAGUUACCAGUACAGUGUUAAGUGUUUUAAAUUUAAUUUUAAAUAAAAUGGAAACAAAAACUGAAUUUUAUAAUUUAUUUGAGAAAUUGUUGUCCGAAAAAAGAGAAGAUAAUUCAUCUUAUUUAUCAGAUGAAAAAUAUUUAAAUAUAAUUAAUGAAUUGAAAGGCAACCAUAAAUCUCGUCGUUUAAAUAAAUUUGAAAUUAUUAAUAUCGGAGGAGAAGAAAAACUUAUAGCACCCGUCGAAAAAGGUAGUACUAAUUUACUUUAUUACGUAAAAAAUAAUGAAUUAUAUGAUAUACUAAAUGAAAUACACCUUAAUAUUGGUCACGGUGGUAAGCAUCGAAUGAUGGCAGAAAUAAAAAAAAAAUACAAAAAUUUGACUCAAGAAGUUGUACUUAUGUAUUUAAAAUUUUGCGGACCUUGUCAAACAAAACUGUCAUCUAAACGAAAAGGCCUUGUAGUUAAACCAAUUAUUCAUUCAGAAAUGAAUAGUCGUUGCCAGGUGGAUCUUAUUGACAUGCAAUCGCAGGCCGAUGGUGAAUUUCGAUUUAUUAUGGUUUACCAAGACCAUUUAACAAAAUUUGUUCAGUUACGGGCUUUAAAGUCAAAAACGGCCGAAGAAGUAGCGAACAAUAUUUUGGAUAUAUUUUGUAUUUUUGGAGCACCGGUAAUUUUACAAUCCGACAAUGGGCGAGAAUUUGUCAAUAAAAUUAUAAACGACUUAAAAAUUAUGUGGCCUACGCUAAAAAUCGUGCACGGUAAACCGCGCCAUAGCCAAAGUCAAGGUAGCGUGGAAAGGGCUAAUCAAGAUAUACAAAAUAUGUUGAUCACUUGGAUGCAAACUAAUAGCGUAAAAUCAUGGAAAGAAGGGUUGAGAUUUGUGCAGUUAAUGAAGAAUAAAGCGCUUCAUUCUGGUAUUCAAAGGUCACCGUACGAGGCAAUGUUUGGAACAGAUAUGAGAGUUGGUUUGACUACACAUUUUCCUAGCGAAUCCGUUGAUAAAAUCAAUUCUGAAGAUGAUCUAGAAAUAUUUUUAAACAAUAUCAAUGUAGAAGAAGAUGUGAAUGCAAAAAAUAAUAUUCAAGUGGUGAAUGAAGCAUCAAAGGACGAAGGGUUGUGUGACUUAAUAUCUAUAAGACAGAAAUCAAUCGAUAAUAAUAGAAAAAAUUCUGAAAUUUGUUUGACAAAUCAAGCUGAAAAAAUGAAAUUUAGGUCUAUCCAUAAGUUUCCCCCAGCUAACGUCGGAGAUAGUGUGAGAGUCACUUUACCCGAUGUCGACAGAGGACGAGCAGACCCAAGAAAUAUUUUAUUUGCAGUUGUGGCUAUUGAGAACGAACAAUAUUAUAAACUUGGUAAUAAAUAUGGUACUUUGCCACAGUUAUAUACCAGA